GUGAGGUGAGAAGUCUAGUGUGAGAAGUCUAGUGUGAGAAGUCUAGUGUGAGAAGUCUAGGACAGUGCAUUUGGGAUUCGACUACUUGUUGUGAGGUUGUGCAAGAUUUUUACUCGGUCAUCAGACUUCAGGUUGGUGCAGCCAUGCCAUUCACAAAAGGCCCUGUGAUUCUCACUGCAGUCUUUUGCCUUUUAUCAGGUGUCUUUGGUCAGAGCUACAGAGUGACUUAUCCCUCAACCAGCAUCUGUGGUUUAAAGAGGUCAUCUGUGGACAUUCCCUGCACUUACUUAUAUCCAAGGAAUCGAAAAAUCAUACAGGCAUUCUGGUACAUCAAAAUGACUGGGACAAAAGACACGGGUGACUUGAGUCUGGACACCAGAUAUCAGGGGCGUGUGGAAUAUCUUGGUGAUAAAGUCAACAACUGCACCCUACGAGUCAAGGAUCUGAGAGAAAGUGACACUGUGGAAAAAUACAAAUUCAGGUUCAUAACUGAUGACCCAAAAGGGAAAUUAGCUGGAUCUGAGGUCUCUCUGACACUUACAGAUCUUCAUGUGAAAGUGAGUCCAGAAUCAGUGAAGGAGGGAGACAGAGUAACACUGACCUGCAGCACCACCUGCAGUCUGAGUAAAAACCCCACCUACAUCUGGUACAGGGACUCACAGCCUCUGAGCAACUCGCACACAACCGGCAGCAACACCCUGUCCAUACCUUCAGUUAGCAGAGAGGAAGAUGGUGGUUAUUACUCCUGUGCUGUAAGAGGACAUGAGGGUCACCCAUCACCGUCUGUGUGUAUUUUGAGUGGUUGGAGUGUGACCUCCACUCCGCAGAGCAUCUGUGCCUUGAAGGGCUCCUCAGAGGAACUCCACAGCUAUUACACCUAUCCUUGUGAUCAUGCAGUCACAAAGGCAUACUGGAUUACCAUGUGGGGGAAAGCUAAAGAGAACCCACCGGACUUGAAACUGGAAGAACAUUAUCAAGGCCGAGCGAUUUACACUGAAAAUAAUAAAAAUAGCCAAACUCUGAGGAUAGGAAACCUUAGCCUCGGUGACUCAAACAGUUAUCAGUUCAGGUUUAUAACUGAUAAAGGAGGAAAAUAUUCUGGUUUAACUGUUGGGCUCACAGUAACAGAACUGCAAGUGCUGGUUAAUUCAGCAACAGUGAAGGAGGGAGACAGAGUAACACUGACCUGCAGCACCACCUGCAGUCUGAGUAACAACCCCACCUACAUCUGGUACAGGAACUUGCAGCCUGUUAAUGAUCUACACAGAGCUGACAACAGGCUGGAUAUAGACUCUGUCAGCAUUGAAGAUGCAGGCAAAUACUCAUGUGCUGUUAAAGGACAUGGGAUUCACAGUUCACCUGAGUUGAUUCUCAAUGUCAGAUAUACUCCAAGAAACACAUUGGGAUCAGUCCAUCCUUCUGUUGAACCAGUGGAGGGCAGUUCAGUGACUCUGACCUGCAGCAGUGAUGCCAACCGAACAGCACACACCUUCACCUGGUACAGGAAGCAUGGGUCUGAAUCAACAUGGCUUGGACAAGGCUGGAGUUACAGCAUCACUAACAUCAGCACUAAACACAGUGGGCUUUACUACUGUAAGGGAGAGAACAAACAUGGAGUCAGUGAUUCAAGUGCUACAUUUGUGGAUGUCCAUUACUCCCCCAGGAUGACCUCAGCAUCACUCAUCCCCUCUGGUGACCUUUAUGAGGGCGAAUCAGUGACUCUGACCUGCAGCAGUGAUGCCAACCCACCAGUGCACACCUACACCUGGUAUAGGAAGACUGGAGAUGAAACAGUUCUUCAGGGCACAGGGAGGAUGCCGAACCUCACAUUUAACCUUGUCCCUGGUGUGGAUGGACUUUAUCACUGUAAGGCACGAAAUAAGGUCGGCUUGAAGAACUCCACCGGAGUCAGGGUCUCCUUGCCAGUCCCAAACAAACAUUCCUCCUUAAAUCUUGUGGUUGGAGGUGUGAUUGGAGGCAUGCUGGCUGUUGUAGCUGGAGUUCUGACUGGAGUUGCUGUUCACAAGAGAGUAACUCAAACCAGAGAGAUGAGGGGCACCAGCACUGCAGCAGUAAGAGACACCACCGCUGGUCCACAGGCUGUCCAGCCUGGUCCUGCUGAUGACCCAUACACAGGUCUCAAACCUCACCACCAGAUCCCCUAAAUAUGACACUCUGGACAAUGUGAGGAUCUAAUGGUGCCACCUACACCCCCACAACUCCAAUCCCCCCUGAAGCUUCAGACUAUGAGAACCAAGGGAAGAGGCAGAGAGAGUAGAGAUGCAAUUCCCAGGUUCACCCAGCAUGGGGUGCUGUAGGUGGAACGCUGAAAGCUUAAACCAUUUGAUGCGUUUGGUUCCAAAACGCUAUAUAUCCAUUUUUAAAAAUAUUAACAAUACCCAAAAAUAUUUUUACUGAAAUGAA